AAAAUACAACAGAACAUUAUUCUAUGGCAUACAAUACAUUUUAGUUAUCAUACUACGUAAUGUACAAAACUACUGAUCCGGGGAAACUGGAACCCGACUUGACUAGAACAAGCUUCAUGGAGUAUGUUUUGGCAUACUACGGCACAAACUAAUAGUAAUUUUUAUCUCGCUUAUACAGCGUGGUUAAUGUGUCGGGACCUGCAUAGAUUCAGAUCCCAAAAUGAGACUUAAAAAAAGCCCGAGUAAUUUACGAUACAGUUGAAUGAUGUCAGAGAUCAGGUGAACAGCCUUUAAAAAUAAAUAUUUCGGUAAUACACAAACGUACAAUGGCCAAUGCCAGCAACGGUAUUAGAAACACAUUAAGCGGUAAAAAUUGUGGAAUAACAUCUGCCCCUGUUUAUGCUGAAGCAUGCAGUAUAUGAAAACUUUAAACUGUUCCCUGUUCGUACUGACUUCAGCCUUCAUUUGAAUGUGAAGUUCAACGUUUAACGAACUUCUACGUUUUUCUUCCAUUGCCUUGUUCAACCAGAACCGGAUUCCCCAGAAUUCCUAAACGAAUUACGUAAUGGCGUUUUGGCUCCAACAUUUCACAUCUAGACAGGUUUGACAUUAUGGUUGAAAACUCUCCCUCUCCUCUACCGGAGCGGGCCAUUUAUGGAUUUGUCCUCUUCCUGGGCUCUCAGUUUGGUUUUUGUCUGUACAUGGUGUGGGCUUAUAUUCCAGAGUCUUGGCUGAAUUUGGUUGGCCUCACCUACUGGCCUCAAAAGUACUGGGCCCUUGCAGCUCCGAUCUAUCUACUGGUCGCCAUCACUAUCUGUUUCAUCCUUCUGUUUGGUGUGAACAUGAUUAACACCGCCCCCCUGUGGUCGGUGGACACUAUCACGGACUGUUACGCCAUGAGCCAGCAAGAGGACGACUGUGAGAAGCUUAUACCAAGAUUAAAAGAUGUCUCCAUCAGCGAAGUCAAUCGGAUAUUCUAUCUGUUACCUCACAAAUGUCACUGAUCUUUCAGAUUAAAAAAUUAAAACAUGUUGUUUUUAGUCA